CAGAACAACAAUCAUAAUAAAACCUGAAUAAAUGUCUUAUAACUGAGUAUGAUUUAUUACAGCUGUAUUUCUUUCGCUACAACAGGUUCACACCGAAAAUGACCUCUGAAACAGAGAAUAUUAUUUUGAAAAUUCAUAGCGGAAAUAGUUUUUGUAGCUGUCUUUCUUACAGUUACUGGGGAUCCAAACUUUAAAGAUGGAAUCGCCAGAAAACAUCUCCGGUCAGGAAGUCGGUGUUGAGCAGGAUGCUACACCGACUCUCGUGGAUGUGGACACCGCGUUGUUGCUGCUGGGAGCGGGAGUAACAGCCAUCACACACCCGCUGUUAUAUGUGAAGCUGCUAAUACAGGUGGGACAUGAACCUCUUCCCCCAACUGUGGGCACAACUAUGUUUGGACGAAGAGUCUUGUACCUGCCUGGCUUCUUCUCCUACGCACAUCACAUUGUGAAAGUAGAUGGAAAGAGAGGACUCUUCCGCGGCCUCUCGCCCCGUAUCGUGUCCAGCGCCAUCUCCACUGUGGUCAGGAGCAAAGUGAAACAGCAGGUGGAGCUUCUAUCCAAGAGAGAUGAGCUGCAGACAUCACUUAGGAAAGUGGUGAAGGAGACCUCACAUGAGAUGAUCAUCCAGUGCCUGUCCAGAGUAGCCACUCAUCCUUUUCAUGUUAUGUCAGUGCGGUGUAUGGCCCAGUUUGUUGGCAGAGAGGUGAAGUAUGGUGGGAUAUUCAGUUGUAUUGUCAAGAUUUUUAAGGAGGAAGGAGUUGCUGGAUUCUAUGUCGGGCUCAUACCCCACGUGGCGGGAGAAGUCCUCUUCCUGUGGUUUUGUAACCUCCUGGCUCACUUUAUUAACACCUACGCUGUAGACGAAAGUGUAAGUCCUUCACCUUUAUGGAUGCUAGAAGAGAGAGUGUACGAAAGACAACAAGCUAUGUUCACUCAGGCCUCAGCGAUACGAAGCUACACUAAGUUUGUGAUGGGUAUUGCAGUGAGUGCUCUGACAUAUCCAUUCAUGCUGGUGGCCGAUAUUAUGGCAGUCAACAACUGUGGCUUGGCUGCAGGUCUUCCUCCUCACUCUCCCAUCUUCAAGUCCUGGCUGCAAUGCUGGAAUCACCUGAGCCACAAGGAUCAGCUCUUCAGAGGAUCCAGCUUCUUUUUCCGCCGGGUGCCCGUCACCUCCCGGCCCUCCACCGAGGGAUAACAUCAUCAUCGUUACAUCAUCAUCAUCAUUACAUCAUCGACUGCUGGGAUGUUCUUCCUCUGUCUGCUCACCAACAUUCCCCCCCCCCGGCCCAGAAGUGGAAAGAGUACAAAAAUAUUCCACUUAAGUAAAAGUACUUAUACUUGGAUGAACUUUAACUUAAAGCUAUAGUGCGUAGUUUCUGUUGCCCCCCACCC